GGUAUCGAAGACACUGCUGACGCAGAACCUCCUCUUGACUCAGACACCAUUAUGGACCCCUCAGGUCAGGCGAUGUUCGAUCCUCGCAACAUACGACACCCCAGAUCGGGUGAAUGGUCGCCUCCAGAACACCUUUCCAGGUUCAUGCACCUGUGGCUCCGCAAACCUCUGGAGAAAGAGGUCCGCAACCGACUCAGGUCUGAAUGCCCACGCCCUUCCCUGCCGGAUAAGGUCGCUCAGACCCCAGAAUUUGACAAAGUUAUGACAACCUUUAUGAUGCGCAGUGGCAGAGACCCUCGACGGGGCUUAGAGAAAGGCCUAUGGGGCGCCCAAGAUAACCUACUGGAUUCCGUAGGCCCCCUGGCUCGCAUUAUGUAUCUGGCGGAUGAUGCCUACGCCAAAGCCGAUUCCUUCUCCACCGAGGACUUCAGGGAAUGGGCACAUGACAUUCGUGAGUGGGCACAACGUUGUUUUUGUUUCAUCGGAAACGCCAAUGUUACGCUCUCUUCGGAGAGACGAAAAGCAGCGUUAUUCCGUAUUAACGGUAAAUUGGCAGACCUUGGCACAAAAGAGAUUGGGCUCCAGGCGCAAGGAAAACUUUUCGGUGAACCAUUCCUCAAGGAAUUAAACAAACAUGUCAACGUGUUCACCUCCCUUAAUAAGGCGCAAUCCUCAAUGCGCAGUGUCUUCAGGAGCAACCCUACCAGAGGGGUUUUUGGAAGGGCUGGCCGGCAACGGGGCCGUGCCGCCAGCCGAUUUUGGCCUUCAGGCCCCCGUACUCAACCAACACCAUUUUAUCCGACAAGGGACUAUCAACAACGACCCUUUUCCAGAGGCUCGGAUAGAGGCCGUGGAAUCCGCGGACGCGGACGUUCCCGCUUUACUGCAGCGUAACCCUCUUCAGGUCCUCCACUGGUCGCUGGUUUGUUAAUCUUACGACCCGAUAGGAUGAGAUGAGAACUUUGUUCGGUCUUACCUCCAACCUCGUUUACCAGAAGUCUCCUCAAGUUCUACUCGCCAGAAACCGCUGUUACAGUUUUCGUUGAAUUUCUGGAUGUUCGAGCUCAACCUGGACUUUGAUGUCGCUUUUAGAAAGAGGAAGUGCACAGGCAGCAUGACCCUUAUAUACUAUGUGGCGCAGUGAUCUACUUGUUACUCUUUACA